AUGGCAAACGGAGGGAAAGAGGACGUGCGGGGACAUGAUGGCGGUGGAGAUGAAGGUGGUAGUGGUACGGUGGAUGGGAGGAUGGCAGAGAAGGACCUGGGAGUGCUCGAAGAGCAGAAGUUGAGGAUCGCCGAGCUGGAGAAGGAGUUGAAGGAGAGGGAAGGCCAUGCCAAGAUCUACAAGUAUAUGACGGUCAAGGCCAACGAGGCGGCAGUGAUGCAGGGAGAGGUGUAUGAUGCGAUGGGGCCUAUGAUGGACGAGGUUGACGGUUGGCGAGGGGUGAUUGCUAGGUUGAAGGCAGAUAAUGAGAGGUUGAAAGGGGAGAAUGGGCGGCUGCGGAGGGAAGAGAAGCGGUUGGAGAAGGAGAAUGCGGCUUUUCGGGCGGAGAGAGAGUAUCCGGCGGUAGUGAAGUACGUGUUGUGGGCGUAUGUGAUUACGAAGCUAUUGACCGGGUUUUGA